GCCAUUGUACGAAUUCGAGUUUUAUGGGAAGCGAUCAUUGCUCCGCUGAGAAUUGAGCAUCUCGUUCACUUUCGAUCCCAUCAAUUGUCCGCAGCUCCAAUUCGAAGCUCCAUCCACCACACAAGCAAUGGUUCAACCCAUGCGAAUUGAUGCCCGCGAGUGUGCACCUCAGCCAUGCGCUUCUCUUCCUGAAAACACUGCUCUGUCGCCUUGCAUCAAUCAUACUGUCUCGCCAAUACUUGGUCCCAUCGCGUUCGCAACUCGCCAAUGUGUCUGCGGCCGUUUCGUCAUCGCUGGAAAGCGUUGUACAUGUGGAAAACAAAAUUGAGCCCACACAUCUUGUCCAAUUUCCCACUGAAUCCGUGCAGAAGUUCUGGGUAGCUCUUUGGCCGUACACACACGAGGAACUUGAUGUUCCAGGACUGCUAUCUGCUGAUUUGUGGCACAUAAUGUCCCUCUGACUUCGAGUACUGUGGCCGUCGGCGAGACAACUUUCUUAUUGCCUGCUUUCUUAUGUCUCAAGGAUCUCAUGAGCUUUGCUGGCUCUGUGCUAUCCUGUAGGAUCAACAAUCUCCAUAUUUGCUUUCUGUAUCAUAAGAACAGACUUCUUAACUUUAUCCGUCUGUAUCAGUUUUACCACAAUCUAAACCUAGUCACCGC